GGACGCGAAGAGAGCGCGGAGCCUGGUGUUUGGUACCCGUCAAGAUGCUCGACCGGCAGUUAUUACGAGCUCUUUUCAGCUUGAUUCCGCUUCUGCCCGCAGCAAGUUGCAUCGCCUUUGGUGGCCCUGCACCCACAGAUGUCGGCCCUGACAAGGCGUUGAAUGGCUUCACCCCAAAGCCGACACACGGCCCGUCAAUUUCGGAAUUGCAGAAACGACAACGCAGCUUCGGUGUAAAUACAUGCGGUUGGAUCGAUCGCGAUUACUGUAACUCCACCGACCGAUGAAUGUGUUCAUUGCCGAUUGCUAACGACUGUCAGCUUCCUGGGUUACCUGCUCCGUUGG